AUUAUCUAGCCAUUCUAGGAUGUACACAAAGCCGAAAAUGGGAGAAGUCAAGAGAAACAUAGCUAGGCCAAUUUGUAACUGAAACGGAAACUACGAGUACAGCAGUGAUUUACAAAGUUAAACAACGAAAACUUUAGUAUUUUUCAGAUGCACACAUUAUAAAUCGAAACAAAGUGAAAUUGGCACAUUCACAUGGAUUCAUCAACAGCAGAAGCAAGCACAGCAGAGAUGUACAUUGGGGUGGACGUAGGAACUUGUAGUGUGCGUGCCGGUCUUUUCACCCGGAAUGGCGAGCUGGUAUCUAUGUCAUCCCAACCAUUGAGGGUCAACCAACCAAAGGCAGACUUUAGUGAGCAGUCGUCGGAUGAAAUAUGGGAGGGUGUGUGCAGUGUUGUAAAGGCUGUAGCAGCACACACGAGGGAUAAUACACAGAUAAAAGGUAUAGGAUUUGAUGCCACUUGCUCCCUGGUAGUUCUAGAUGAAGACUUUCUACCUGUGUCUGUCUCCCCCACAGGCGAUGCGGAAUGGAACGUGGUGAUGUGGAUGGACCACCGGGCGAAGGACCAGGCCGAGCGAAUCAACGCCGGUCGCCACGACGUCCUCCGCAAUGUUGGCGGCAAGAUGUCUCUCGAGAUGCAGCCACCGAAGCUGAUGUGGCUGAAGGAGUGUUUACAUGAACAAUGUUGGAAAAAGGCCAAGCAUUUCAUGGAUCUGCCAGACUUUUUGACUUUCAAGGCCACCGGUUCAACGUCUAGGUCUCUGUGCUCGCUCGUGUGCAAGUGGGGAUUCCAGGCCUCGGAGGAGGGAGAACGAUUCUGGGACGACAGCUUCUGGCAGGAGAUCGGCCUCCACGACCUUGUAACCGACAAUCACGACUCGAUCGGCAGCGUCGCGCUGGUUCGCGGGCGACGCGUGCGGGGCGGGCGUGUCCGCAGGCGGGCCGGGCGGGCCUCGCCUCCCCGCGGGGAUGCCCGUUGGCUGCGUCGAUCGUCGAUGCGCACGCGGCGCGGGCUGGGCGCGGUCGGAUGCAGGCGUGGACGGGGAGCCACGGCUGUCCGCGCUGCACGCUGCCGCAGCGUCCCCGUCAUCUGCGGCACGUCGGCAUGCCACAUGGCGAUCAGCGAACGACCGCUGUUUGUUCCUGGCGUGUGGGGACCCUUCUACGCCGCCAUGGUGCCUAACUACUGGCUCAGCGAAGCUGGACAGAGCGCUGCAGGAAAACUGCUGGACCAUAUCAUUGAAACUCACCCUGCCUAUGCAGAAGUGAUGUCUCUAAAGCAAAGUGAUGACCAUGCGCAGGUCUUCUUGAACCGACACCUUCAGGGUCUUAGUGAAGCUCGGGGGCUCGCUAGCAUGGCACGUCUGACCGCACAGCUGCAUGUCUGGCCCGAUUUCCAUGGCAACAGGUCUCCGAUAGCCGACCCCAACAUCCGUGGCAUGAUUUGUGGUUUGACCUUAGACAAGAGUGUUGAUGACCUUGCUAUACUCUACCUGGCUAGCAUGCAAGCUCUAGCUUACAGCACUAGGAGUAUCAUAGAGGCACUGGUCAAACAUGGACACGACAUCCAGAUGGUCAUCCUGUGUGCCGGACUCAGCAAGAACUCGCUCUACUGCCAGGUCCACGCCGAUGCUCUGGAGAUGUCGGUGGUGGUUCCCGAGGCGAGCGAGUGCGUGCUGCUGGGAGCGGCCCUGCUAGCGAGCUGCGCUGCUGCGGCGUUCGCUUCCCCGCGUGAAGCCAUGCAGUCCAUGACGGGGUCAAGCACACUCGUAAAACCCACCCUGCAGGACAGAAGGUUCCACGAGAAGAAGUACAAAGUGUUUACACAAAUGGUGAAGCACCAGGACGAGUACAAGGUCACGAUGGCCGGCUGAGGUCGUGACCCCUGACACGAUGACGUCAUGAGCAGUAGCAGUAGCAGUAGCAGUAGCAGUAGCAACAGUAGUAGUAGUAGUAGUAGUAGUAGUAGUAGUAGUAGUAGUAGUAGUAGUCGUAGUAGUAGUAGUAGUAGUAGUAGUAGUAGUAGUCGUAGUUCUAAUAGUUGAUUUGAAGAAUAUAUAUGAUGGUCAGCUCCUCUACUAUUCAGGAGGUUAUACGAUAAGAAUUUGUGAUUGUGAUGAUUUAUGAAUGUUAUGAGAUGACAAUUAUGAUUUAUGUAAUCUUUAUAUUCAAGUUCAUUUAGGUAUGUUAUAAUCGGUAUCUAAAUUAAAUAAAAAACGUAAUGGUUCGUAAAAUCAAUGAACUGUUACUGUAGAAGAGUAUUAAAAAUACGGGUGAUAUUUAGCAUAUUUUUUCAACAAAUAACUACUCAACUUGGUAGUGAGAAUAUAUAUAACAUAACUAUUAGUAUUUGAGGUUGAUAUUAUGCAGCAAGUUGGCUUUAAAAUUGCAGUGCAAGGUACUGGUAGCUAGUAGAACGAUAGAGUAAUAAAUUGUUUACAAUCUUUUUUGAAGUUCUAAUAAAAUGAAAUCAUUAUUUAAAUGAUCA